AUGAUCACUGCAAUAGUCCACUAUUUAGAAAUCGUCGGCAUGCUUCUUCGAAUCGCGGAGAUACUUCGUAAGAUGCCAAUAGUGAGCUCGUUUUAUCGGACGAUGCGACCGACUUCUGAUAAUAAGCAUUUCUUUUUAAAAUGCGGUGCCCUUGGACUUACUGGCGGCCAUGCAUUAGUUGCAUUCAUGGUGAAUUUCGAAGUGGAAAACGAACGAGAGCAACGAAAAAUGGGUCUUAUGCGAACACUCACCCGAAAUGAUCCUGAAAGCUCGCUAGAAAGCAUUAAAGAAAAACGAAAAGGAUAUGAUAUUCCAGAAGAAAUUUCGAUAAGUGAAUUUUUCUCUUUUUUACUAAUCAAAAACGAGGGAAAGGAACUCCUGGACUCGCUGGGUCAACUUAAUCCGCUGACCUGGACGGGGCAUGUAUUCGGAAGAGGUCACGAGCUCAUGAGAAGACACAGAGCUGGAACUGAGAAACGCGGAAUCCUUCCAAGUUCUUUCUGCGAUCAGAGCGCCGCCUCCUCCUCAGGUUUUCUCAACGCAGUCCUCUGCAAGCGCAUUUAA